AUGGACCGGAUGCCAAACGACUCGACAGUCGGCCGGCGGAUGAUGACCGACAAGGCCGACAAGCCCAAGACGACGCGCAAUGCGUUCAUUGGGUUCGACCAAGAAGUCAAGUACGGCCUCAAGGUGACGGUACGCGAAGCAAACGACGCUCAGCAGGCCAUGUGUCUCUUCUGCCUGCACUUUGGCCGCCAGCAGGCCGAGGGCCGGACGCGCAAGCCCUUGUCGACGGUCAAGAUGUACCAGCCGCCGUUUCGCCUCGACAACCUGGCGCAGCACAACCUCGCCCACCACCGCGACCGCUGGGCCGAGUACUGCGCGUUGUCAUACGAGCAAAAACGCAGCUACUUUCCAGCAACGGCACCGUCGAUGGUGGUCCCGCCGCCGAAGCGCAAGCCCGCAGCAUCGCCCACGCUCUGCGAACCACUGCGAGCAGACCAGCCAGUCGCUGAGUCGUUGACCCCGCCUCCACCAACCAGCGACGAUGUGCACGUUGCGAUGGCCGACGAGCGUCUCGCGAUGGAGCGAUCCAAGCACGUCAUGGAGGUCGAGAUGCUGCGAAAGACCGUCGAGCUCAAGAAGAUCGAGGUCAUUAGCGCAACGAUGCUAGCGCGGCAAACUCUAGCCGAUGCUGGCGUAGCACGCGUCGAGAUCGACCUUGUGUUGCCACUGCCGCAGUUCGAUGCCGGUACGUAG